CACAGAAGAAGAAGAAGAAGAAGAAAACGAAGAAGAAUUUUGCGACAGUACGAUAGAUCUACGUCACGCCGUAAAUUUAGGGAGGAUUUCAGAAGGUGACUCUGGAUUGCAGGGCAAGCCAUCAGCACCAUGCCAUUUGUCGACGUGCAGGGUAAGUUGGGGAUCAAAGUGGACCAAUGGCUUUUGGCCCAGAGCGCUCCGCAGCCACACAAACGUCCAGCUCGCUGCCACGCUUUUGAGAAGGAAUGGAUUGAGUGCGCAGCUGGCAUCGGGAGGAUCAGAGCCAAAACUGAGUGUAAACUGGAGCUUGAGGAUUUCCAUGAAUGCAUUCAUCGUAACAAGAUGAGCCAGCGUAUUUUUGAUAUCCGGCAGCAGCGGGACAAAUUGGUCAAGGAGGGGAAAUAUACCCCACCUCCUCACCACUCUGGCAAGGAAGAGAUCCGGCCGUGACCUAACCAGAGACCGUGUCCGGCACCUACCGCUCUUUCCUGUACUUUUCCUUAGACGUCUGUAACAUAAAAACUGUCAAUAUUAUCUGUCCUGUUGAAAUAUGAGAAUAAAUAUAAUUAAUUCUGAGUA